AUGGAGGCGAACGUCCUGAGUCUGCGGGACCUGGCGGCCGUCCGGCCGAGCCGCCGAGGCCGCGCCGAGGCGGAGGCGGCGCAGAAGGAAAACAUACUCGAUCGAUCCAGGAUGGCCCCAAAGACUCCCAUUAAGAACGAUCCAGUUGACUUAUCAAAGCAGAAGGGCUGCACCCCGGACAGAAACCCAAUGACACCUGUUAAGCUCAUUGACAGACCUCAGGCUGACCCUUGGACCCCCACUGCUAACCUGAAGAUGCUCAUUAGUGCUGCUAGCCCUGAUAUGAGGGACAGGGAAAAGAAGAAAGAGCUCUUCAGGCCUAUAGAAAACAGUGAGCAGAAUGACAUACCUGACUCGUUACAGUAUGAUAUGGUAGAUGAUGGCACGGUUGAUGAAUUUGAAAAGCAAAGGCCCAGCAGAAAACAGAAAAGCUUAGGACUCUUGUGCCGGAAGUUUCUAGCUCGCUAUCCAAGUUAUCCAUUGUCAACAGAAAAAACUACAAUUUCUUUGGAUGAAGUGGCUUCAAUUCUUGGAGUCGGGAGGAGACGGAUUUAUGAUAUAGUGAAUGUGCUGGAGUCGUUGCACUUGGUUAGCCGUGUGGCCAAGAACCAGUACUGUUGGCACGGGCGGCACAACCUAAGUCAGACUCUGAAAACGCUUCAGGAAGCAGGGGAGCUGCAGUAUGGAGAGCUAGUGACCUCCCAGUACAAGGAACAGGACACAGAGUACAAAUCUGGAGAGCAGAAAAAGGAAGCAGUGGCAGACUCACAAGACAGAGCAUUACUUGACUUUGCAGAACCAGAUUGCACAUCCGCAUCUGCAAACAGCAGAAAGGACAAGUCCUUGCGGAUUAUGAGCCAAAAGUUUGUCAUGCUGUUCCUUGUCUCCAAGACCAAGAUAGUCACUCUGGACAUCGCAGCGAAGAUAUUAAUAGAAGAAAACCAGGAUACGGUGGACUACAGCAAGUUUAAAACAAAGGUACGAAGGCUGUAUGAUAUCGCCAAUGUUCUUACCAGCCUAUGCUUGAUAAAGAAAGUUCAUGUCACAGAGGAACGAGGCCGCAAGCCAGCUUUCAAAUGGAUUGGGCCUGUGGACUUCCCUGGCAAGACUGGUGAGCCAAGAGGGCACUGCCCAACAUCUGGUCCUCCAGCAGAGGCACGAAGAGGAGCCCGUGCCCCAUAUCAGAUCUGUGCUACUGGAAAACAGAGGUUCACACGUCAUGCUUCAUUUAACAGUGCACAGCCCUGUGAAGGCACCAAAAGGAAAGUCAGCUCUGAGCCCAACAGCCCAAAUCGAGAAAGACAAGCUUGCAUUGUGAAUUCAGAUGAAUAUUGCUCAAAAACGAUAAAUCUAGCAUCUGUCUGCAGGCAGAAGAUAGAGGAAGAUACUAGGAGCAAAGGUUGUGCCACAGAAGCAGUACUCAAUGCAGCAAGGAACCCAAGUGUAACCUCACCUCUCUCCCUUCUUCCAGUUCCCGGGGACUCUGAUUUUUGUGCUAACCCUUUAUCUCAGGCAGUUUUCCCUGUGGUCCAGGCAGAUAUGCCAAGCCUGUUGCUGCCAAAAGGGGUCAGCAGCCAAGCUCUGCAUGCUUCCAGUGCAGCAGCCUCCAAGACAGAGAAUGGAAAACCUCCCUUACUCCCCAGCCAACCCUUCCUGUGUUUCCCCUCAUCAUCCUUUUUUAUGCUGUGCGGUGGUCUUCAAGAGAAUCUCUCAAGGGAGAGUGGGAGCACAGAGGAGAAGGCCUUGCCCCCGGAAGCUCAGGGUGCUGUACCUCCAGCUAAUUGCCACAAACGCAGCUCCCACAGGUGCACAUCACCCUCUGCUCCUACUGAUGAUGAAGAACCAGCUGCUAAAAAGCAGACUGUCGAACAGAGUGAUGUCCCUAUCUCACUUGUAGUACCCAAGAAGCCUGUUGAGUCGCCUAAGGCAGACACUGCUCCAGGAAGUGGCUGUGCAUCUGCUGUGCAUCUAGAAGCUUUUCAUCUUGACCUCUCAAGUCCUGCUGCUCCAGAGACUGCAGACAAAAAGUCUACCAAGCCUUUGGAUUCUCAGGAGCAAGAAAAAUGGUCUCAGAAUAAAGACCCUGAUGAACCUUCUCCAGGAAAAGAUCACAUCUCUAAAGAAAACACCAAUCAGCCUUUUGUACCGCAGUAUCUUUAUGUUCAGCCUGCUGCUGGACUAAGCAGUUUUAAUUUCCUGUUCUCUGCAAACCAAGCUCCCGGUGCCAUCGGGCUGGCUGCAAGCCAGUUACCUUCUCUGAGUGUCCCCUGUGUCAUGGUGCCAUCAGCAGCCUUGGCUUCCUUUCCUCUCGUCUGUUCACCUGCAAUUCCCAGCCGUCUCUCUCCAGUUCCCAAUGGCUCCUCAGCUGCUGCCUCCAUGAAUAUCAGCAUGCCUGGCCUGGCAUCGACAGCGCCUGUUUUCAUAGGCACCACAGCAGUGGUUACUCCAAAUGCCUCACCUUCACCAUCAGUGGAUCCCCAGCAAACUGCUCACCCUGCUGCACAUCCGAGACCUGUGCUCGCGAGAUCCUGCAGUGCUGUUAAACUGGAUUCCCCUGUGUGUGUGGGGCAUCCAGUCACCCUUCUGAAACUGCAGCAGCCUUCAUCAACUCCUGUCACUCCCAAGAGCGUUCGUCCUGCACGUCACGAGGCGUUCUUCAAAACUCCUGGAAGUCUUGGAGAUCCUGGUGCAUGGAAAAAAAGUGAAGGCAACCAGACCAGAAAUGCCAGCUCUGUGCAGAGAAGACUAGAAAUCUCUAGUACCAGCACUGACUAACUCCAUGCAUUGCAAAGGUUGGGCAGAUUGUCCUAGGACACAGUAUUUGUUACAAGAGAACAAGCUCUUAAUCUGACAAGAAGAGCGUGUUGACAUGUCAUCCCUUUUGGCAUGCUUCCCCACUAUCCAUUCACCCACCAGUUCUGUUAACCUUCUCCACAAAUCAGACUUGGUAGUGAAAACCUUUUACUUAAUUGUUCCUUCAGUACUGAUCUGAAUUCAGAUGCUGUAGUUCACGUAACCUUGUGGGCAUCAAAUUUUAUUUGUGGUUUUAAUCUGGAAAACUCUUUAUCAAUGUGAGGAGAUGUAAAGAGAUCUCCUUGGAAUCCCCACGGGUUCUUUGCUCGUGGUUUUAAGUGAGACAUCUAGCACUUAUCUGGGGUAAGCAAUUUUUUAACAUGUCUGCUUACCCUGAGUAAAGCUGUGGUGAAAUUGAUGAGCUAAAACAAUCUGCCAAACCCUGUCGCCGCAGUACAGCCUCUUGCUAUUUAUUUGGUACAUUAGAGUGGGAGCUUCAGAGUAACAGAUUUUCUCAGGGUGGGAUUACUUGAAUGUCAGUCAAUUGUUGUACAAUUUGCCCAGCACUUGUGGUUAGGAAAACGAAUAACAACACCAUAUAAUUGAAUGUAUACAUUUGAAAAAUAUUAAGACCAAAAUAACUGUGAAUGUUAACAUUUUUAUAGUUAUGUCAAUGAACUGCGUUAUUCCUUGGGUUUCUUUCUCCUAAUCUGAGCAAAAGGUACAAAGGUAGAUAUGAAGAAUACAAAACCUGAUUCUUGGAAAAAAAAAAAAGUUUGACAAAGUCAUUUGAGAGUGUCAUGCCACUGGGAGAGCUGUGCUAAGAUUUAGUUUCCCGUGCGAUAUGUGUUCUGGACUUUAUGACAAAGGGACAGUGGUAAGUUGGUAAACACAGUAUGAGAUUCACUUUAACCUGAGUCUCCUUAAGUGCCUUCUUAGAGGUUUACUUCAAUCUGUACCCCUUAAGUGGAUUUUAAGUGCCUAUCUGUUCAUCUGUGGGAAUUUUGUAACUAGUUAAUAGUGUUUGAAUGUACUUGGAAGAUGAGGGAGAUUUUAUCUUUUGGCACAUACCUGUCAAAACCACAAAAGAAGCUGAAAGAGAAUGGGAGUCAAAUUUUGAAAGUAAAAAAUUACUUGUGUUCCUUAUGAGAAGAUAAGGAGAAGAAAAGGGCAUGUGUAACACUUAACAUUCAGGGUCCUCAAAUAGUGAAUGGUGCUAUUAAUAAUAUAGGACAUAAUUUUAAGGGUUAAUACUCUUAUGGUUGGGUAUGUUCUUUACUGGUAUAGCUGCCAUGAAACUUGUGCAGUUUCCUUUUCAAAAGACAGAAUGCAUCGCUGUUGACUGAUUUUACUCUGGAUUUUUAGCAAACACAAGGCCAACAUCAUCAGCUCUUCCCUCACAAGUAGUAACUUUGCUUUGAUUGGUACUGGUGUUUGAAGGUAGAUAGGCUGGUGUGCUGCUUGGUCAAGGGAGGCUAGGAUUUAUGUGGGAGUUUGGAAUUUGAUGAGGAUUUUUAUUUUCAUAACGAAGUGUAUUACGAAAAAAGAAUUUAAGAAAAAUCUUUGCCAAAACUGGGAAUUUAGUCAAUGUGGCCUUAUCUUAGAAUAAACAAAUAACAGCCUUGUAAGGAGAGCUGGUUAGCCCUCACUGAAGGGAAAUCUCUACAGUGGAAUUGUCAUAGGAAAUUUCAGGGAUUAUAAGAAGAAAUCUUCAGACUGCUAAAUUUAAAGUUGU